AGUGGGCAAUGUCGGUGAAAUGGUAAAAAAGAUGCUUUUGUACACCUUUCGCUUUGCCCACACAAAUAUUGCAGUCUGCAUUACAUAAUAUUUCUUUCAGGCAUAUUUGCAUUAAGAUAGCUGUAUCUGUUUCCCUUGUUUCUGUUUGAAACUGUCAGCCUCAAUUUAUAGCGAAGCUUCAGUCUUUGCCUGCAUAGCAUUUUAAACACCAAGCCAAUUUUAUCAGCCUUUUUCUUUGUUUGAGUCUGCAGCUAAUGGCAGCCUCUUCAAAAACUGCAGGACAAUCCAAGUAUGGCCCUCACAAUGCUUUUGAUGGCCUAAGAGUUGCCCUACCUUCUGCUGCAUCCGACCAACAAGUGUUUCCUACAGUAAAUGCUUUUGAUGGCCUAAGAAUCGCCCCACCUACCCCUGCUUCUAUUUCUUCUACUGCAUCCUCAUCUGGAACGAAACAUCUGCCCUAUGAUGUCUUUAUAAAUCAUCAUGGAGGAGAUUCUAAACACACUGUGGCCGACGCUAUCUACAAGUCCUUAAAUGCCACCGGACUCAGAGUAUUUCUAGAUAAAGAUGAGUUGAUACUUGGGGAUUUCUUUCCUAAAACUUUAGAAGAAGCAAUGCGUAGUUCUUCGCUUCAUAUAGCCAUCUUUUCUCAACAUUAUGCGGAAUCCCCCUGGUGUUUAGCCGAGCUGGAAUUUAUGGUAAAAACCGGCAACAAAAUUAUCCCCGUUUUCUAUCAUAUUGAGCCCUCUACUUUAAGAUGGGCGAUUCAAGGAAAAGGAAUAUAUUCAGAUGCCUUCUCUAACUAUGAAAAGAAGAGAAGAUACAGCUCAGAACAGCUUCAACAGUGGAAAUGGGCACUCCAUGAAGCCUCCUUUUUUAUUGGCGACAUCAUUAAUAAUCAAGAGGACGAGCAGAGGGUGGUGAAGAAUGUGGUGAAUGGUGUAAUGAAAGAAAUGAACAAGGUGCCGUUAGAGGUUGCCAAGCAUCCGGUGGGUAUAGAUGAAGCUGUGCAAAACUUUGAAACAAUUGCACUCCAAUCCGGUGACUCGAUACAAAUUGUAGGAAUAUGGGGCAUGGGUGGCUCUGGCAAAACCACCCUCGCAAAGAAAAUCUUUAAUGACAGACGCUCUGCCAUGGAUAGGUCAAGUUUUCUUUCCGAUCUUCGAGAUGCUGCAGGGAAAGGGCUGCUGGUUCAGAAACAGAAAAAGCUUCUGGAGGACCUUGAUUUCAAAGGCAAAUCCUUUGACAAUGUAGAUGAAGGCAAAGGGAUUCUUGAAAACCGUUUGAGAUCUGUAUCUGUGCUUAUCAUUUUAGAUGAUGUGGAUCAUACAGACCAACUCGAUGCUCUGUUGCCAACAAGGGAGAGGCUUGGACAUGGAAGUUUGAUUGUUGUUACCACACGUGAGUUGGAUGUUCUUAAAGCAUGGGGCAUUUCUGCAAUUUAUCAAAUGAAACCUCUCAAUGCUAUUCAUGCGAAGCAGCUCUUUUGUUGGCAUUCGUUCUUACAACCCUCACCACAGUCAGAAUUCGAAGAUCUUGUCGAGGAGUUCUUAAAUGCUUGCAAAGGUCUGCCUUUGUCACUCAAGGUCAUAGGGGCACAGCUAUAUGGCAGACCUCGCAAAGAUUAUUGGCAGUCUCUAUUAGAUAAGUUGUCCAGAAUAAUGCCGAACGACAUCAAAUCGAGGCUCAAAGUCAGCUAUGAUGCCCUUGAUGAUGAAGAGAAAGAGAUGUUCUUGGAUACAGCGUGUUUCUUCAUUGGACAGAGGAAAAAUGUGGCCAUUGCAGUAUGGGAAGGAUCAGGGUGGAGUGGUCUGCAUGGUUGGGAAAGGCUUUUCAAUAAGUGCCUUAUUGAGGUGGAGGAUGGUGGUGCCAUAAGAAUGCAUGAUCACUUAAGGGAUCUGGGCAGGGAAAUCGCAAAUCGACAGUCACCCUUUCGACUUUGGUCUCCACAGCAGUCUAUCCAGAUUCACUCUCAACAGGAAGCAAUACAAAUCCGAGGAUUGGUAAACGCAUUUGGUGAGAACUGUUACCUUCGACAAGGGAAUAUCAUAAUACAUACAAGCCUGGGCGAGCGUAACCUCCCACUCGCUUCCCUUGGAUUGAAGAUUUUUGUUGGUAAUGGGGAUUUUAUCGAUCAGGAACAUAGCGAAAUAUCAAGAGAACUUGUCUGGCUUCAGUGUAAUGAAUUUAGGCACAUAAAUUUUCCAUCGUGGCUUUCACUGAAAAAAUUAAGAAUUUUGGAACUUUUCAGCACUUGGAGCUUAGAACGUUUGUGGGAAGAUGCUGAUGCUCCUUUGCAACUAAGAGAGUUGGUUAUGCAGAAUUGCGACAGUUUGCGGCAAUUUCCAAGGUCAAUAGGACAACUCAAGAAUUUUAAAAAGAUAAUAAUAAGUAACGGUGUUUUCAAUUGGUAUACACUGAGCACUCUCCCACAAGAAUUCUGUCAUCUCCAAUCACUUGAGCACCUGGUAAUAAAAGGGUGUAGAAAUCUAUCAUCCCUGCCGAGUAAUUUCGGCAAGUUGAGGAAUCUACAACACCUGACUUUGAAUGGUUGCACCUCAUUAAAGAUGCUACCAGAUUCUUUUAAGAGGCUGACGCUGUUGGAACAUCUUAAUUUAGCUGGUUGUGGUGAACUCAUCAUCAAGUCAGAGUUACAUGUUUUGGAAAACAUGACAAAGCUCAGGUAUUUGUAUCUCAACGAGUGCAGGAAAUUGGAAGAAUUGAGUCUCCCAAAAGUGGCUUCGUUAAAAGAGCUCUACUUAGAAGGAACCAGCUUGAAGGAAUUGCCAGCUAACAUCUUUCAACUAACCAAGCUAACCGAGCUGGUGAUAGGGAGUGAGUUUUUGCAGACCUUGCCAAGCUCUCUUGGAAAUUUGUACUCUUUAAAUAAACUUGAAAUCCAUGAGUGUAAGAAGUUGGAAGCUUUAUCGGAUUCUCUGGAGCAUCUUAAUAGCUUAAAAGAUUUAGUUAUAAAGCAGUCAGGAGUGAAGUGUUUACCAAAAUCAUUUAUCUAUCUUCAAAGGCUGGUAAUAAAAAACACCCCAAUCACAGAGUUAAGUUUUGGGCUAGGUUGCAUGCUCAGGGAGAUGGAUCUAGAGGGCACGGAAGUGUCAAGGAUUUCAGUAAGUGGAGAUAGUUGUCCCUUCCUCGAGACUCUUCGACUAGCCUCUAAUGAGUAUUUAAGGAACAUAGAAACCCUGCCAGCAACAUUGAAAACCAUUAAUGUUUGGCAAUGUAAUGCCCUGAAGGACAUCAGAGGUUUGCGUGGCCUUAAAAACCUUGAGAAACUACAGAUACAGAACUGUAAAGAGUUAGAUGAGCUUCCAAGUCUUGGAGAGUUUACAUCUCUAAAAACAUUUAAAUUGCAAAAGUGCAACAAAUUGGAGAAGAUAGAAAGUUUUGAAUGUUUGAAAUCACUGGAGGAGCUGAACAUAAGUGACUGUCCAGGGUUGGAGGCGCUACCAAAUCUUUCAGAAAUCACUUCUCUAAAAGAAAUUCAAUUGAACAUUUGUCUCAAGUUGAAGAGAAUGGAAGGUUUACAAGGCCUCAGGUCAUUGAAGACCCUGAAUAUUAGUGACUGUCCAGAAUUAGAUAGGCUUCCAAGUCUUUCAGAAAUAAGUUCUCUAAAAGAAAUUCAAUUGAAAAAAUGCCACAAAUUGGAGAAGAUAGAAGAUUUCCAAGGUCUGAAGUCACUGGAGACCUUGAUCAUUAGUGACUGUCCAGAAUUAGGCAGGUUUCCGAGUCUUGAAGAAUUAACUUAUUUAAAAGAAAUUCAAUUGAACAAAUGCCACAAAUUGGAGAUGAUAGAAGGUUUACAAGGUGUGAGGUCACUGGAGACCUUGGACAUUCACGACUGUCCAAAAUUAGGCAGGCUUCCAAGUCUAGAAGAAUUAAUCUCUCUUACAAAACUUGAUUUGAGCAUGUGCCACAGAUUGGAGAAGGUAGAAGGUCUAGAAAAUUUGAGAUCACUGGACAAGCUCAAGAUAAGCGACUGUCCAGAGGUGGAGGUACUUCCAAGUCUUUCUUUUUCUCUAAAAGAGAUUAUAUUAAAAAAAUGCUACAAAUUGAAGAGGAUAGAAGGUUUAGAAAACCUGAGGUCACUGAACAUCCUGAACAUCAAUGACUGUCCAGAACUAGACGGGCUUCCAAGUCUUUCAGAAAUCACUUCUCUAAAAGAAAUUCAAUUGAACAAAUGCCAAAAAUUGAAGAAGAUAAAAGGUUUCCAAGGUCUCAGGUCACUGAAGACCCUGGACAUUAGUGACUGUCCAGAGUUAAACAGACUUCCAAGUCUUGAAGAAUUAACUUCUCUUCAAAUAAUAGAAUUGAGAAUGUGCCACAAACUGGAGAAGUUAGAAGGUUUAGAACGAUUGAGGUCACUGGUGAAGUUGGAAAUGCAUUCCUGCUGGAAUGUGCCAUGUAUUGUCAACCUGGAGAACUGUGAGAUAUUAAAGAGGCUGGUGGUCGUAACAAAGGACAGAUCAGAUAUUGAACCAUAUAUCAAUAACAUACAGAAAUGGCCAAGGGAUGUGAUGAUAUGCACGAGGGCAGUAUUUGAUGUGGGCUCAUUGAAGAAAUGCUUUGAAUUGCCAAAUCUCUCUGUUCUCCGAUACUCUGUGAUCGAAAAGGAAUCAGAUGGAAUUGUAGAAUUGAGGAGACCUGAGAGUUCGGCCAAUGCUAAUGCCAUUCUAAUAUGUUUUAUUAUAGAUUGCGAUUACCCUUACUUAAACUUCUAUAUAUUUGGGACUACAGAUUUUGUACGCACAGAAUUGGAUAGAGGAAAAUGGGUAUGGAUGGGUGUCUUCACACAAGGUUCCCGCUGGCUUCGUUCAGAGCGAGAGAUUAUUUUGGGUGAAAGGGAAAACGACAGCAUGGCCAUUGUAAAAGUCGAAGAGGCAUGGUUAGUGAUGGGCGAAGAGGGCACAAUGGUAAAGGCUUUCCAUCAGAUUUUCCAAAGGUAAUUAGUGGUUAAUUAGUUUUAUUCGUUGAUGUUACAAGUAAUUGUAAUUUUUAUUAUAAAAAAGUAGUAUAAUUAAUUUUUUUUUA